AUGUCCCCAGGAAGUGUUGUAGUCACCGGUGCCAACCGUGGUAUUGGACUCGGACUCGUCCAACAACUCGUCAAGGAUAAGAACAUCCGUUGUAUUAUUGCGACGGCGAGAGAUGUGGAGAAGGCUGCUGAACUAAACAUCAUCAAGGACCCACGAGUCCACGUCCUACCGUUGACUGUCACCUGCGACAAAUCAAUCGAUACUUUUGGGUCGAAAGUUGCUGAAAUUUUGGGAACCGAUGGGUUGAAUCUUCUCGUGAAUAAUGCUGGAAUCGCAGUGAAGUAUGACAGCAAAUCGGAACCAAACCGUGUCAAGAUCACCGAGCAACUCGACGUCAACACCACCAGUGUCGUCAUUCUCACUCAGAAACUCUUGCCACUUCUUAAACAAGCCGCAUCCAACGUGUCCGGAGAUGAUCUCUCAGUGUCUCGUGCCGCCGUUGUCACCAUCUCCUCCGGUCUUGGAUCCAUUACUGAAAAUGAUAUGGGCUCUGAGCGUUUCGAGAAUCUUGCCUAUAGCAUGAGUAAGGCGGCAGUCAACAUGUUCACCAAGUUAUUCUCGAUUGACAUGAAAGAUGAGCACAUUCUCGCCGUCAAUUUCUGUCCAGGAUGGGUUCAAACUGAUAUGGGUGGGAAGCAGGCGGUGUUGACUGUGGAACAUUCGACUUCUGAGUUGAUGGCCGCUUUCAAUAAGUUGGAUAACUCGCACAAUGGAGGAUAUUAUCACAGAGAUCUCACUGCAUUCAAGUUUUAA